CCAUUUUCGCCUGGCAGGUCACCGCUUCAGUGUUUGAGUGUCUGAAGCCGUUGGCUGGUCCUGAACCGUUUGGCUCUUUCUCCACUAGCAUACAGCCCCACAAUGCUCCUCAGUCUCUCUUAAAUGCAAUUUUUAACAGAUUUUACCGAACACUUUCACCCGUGUGUUGUAACCGGACGCUUAUUUGGGAAUUUAACCAUCGGAUCGUCGUUGAAGAGUAGGGUUAUAACGCUUUGUUUUAGCCCUAUUUAAAAAAAUAGCCGUGGAGGAGGAAAUUCCACACAAGCAACACAGCAGAGAAGGCACCCCUUGUGUGAUCCGGAUAUUAAAAGUGUGUUGAUUGACGAUAAUUCCCACGGCUUUAAGAUUGUCAACAGGCAUCCGAACCACACUCGGUCACAUGGUGCUACGACUCGGAGGACAGAACGCCUGUGCAACUUCUGAACUGGGGGAAAAGAAUUGAUACUGUGAUCACAAACAACAUUACUCAUCACCCAAGUCAGAUAAAGUGACCGCAACAACCAACAAUGAACUUCUCCCUAGUAAAGCCUGUGUCCUGUGUGCUGACCUCAUGGUGUAAGCAAGUGUAAAGAUGAGCAUAAGCAGCGAUGAGGUCAACUUCCUGGUGUACAGAUACCUGCAGGAGUCAGGGUUUUCCCACUCGGCCUUCACGUUUGGCAUAGAGAGCCACAUCAGCCAGUCCAACAUCAAUGGAGCUCUAGUGCCCCCUGCUGCACUCAUCUCCAUCAUUCAGAAGGGCCUGCAGUACGUCGAGGCAGAAGUCAGCAUCAACGAGGAUGGCACGCUGUUUGAUGGACGGCCAAUCGAGUCCCUGUCGCUGAUCGACGCGGUGAUGCCAGACGUGGUUCAGACGCGCCAGCAGGCUUACCGGGACAAGCUGGCGCAGCAGCAGGCGUCCACCGCCCCUGUGCCCACCACCGCCAACAUGCAGGGCAACGCCAAGAACGGAGAGAACACCGCCAACGGCGAGGAGAACGGAGCGCACACCCUAGCAAAUAACCACGCAGACAUGAUGGAGGUGGACGGGGAUGUGGAGAUCCCUCAGAACAAGGCCAUGGUGCUGCGCGGUCACGAGUCAGAAGUCUUCAUCUGCGCCUGGAACCCCGUCAGCGACUUGCUGGCCUCAGGGUCUGGGGACUCGACGGCACGCAUCUGGAACCUGAGUGAGAACAGCACCAGCAGCUCCACUCAGCUGGUACUGCGCCACUGCAUACGUGAGGGCGGCCAGGACGUGCCCAGCAACAAAGACGUCACGUCGUUAGACUGGAACAGUGAGGGUACACUACUAGCAACAGGCUCCUAUGAUGGAUUUGCAAGGAUAUGGACGAAAGAUGGGAAUCUUGCCAGUACUUUAGGUCAACACAAAGGUCCUAUUUUUGCAUUGAAGUGGAACAAGAAAGGAAACUUCAUCCUUAGCGCGGGGGUUGAUAAAACUACAAUCAUCUGGGACGCCCACACAGGGGAAGCCAAGCAGCAGUUCCCUUUCCAUUCAGCGCCUGCCCUGGACGUGGACUGGCAGAGCAACAACACGUUCGCCUCCUGCAGCACGGACAUGUGCAUCCACGUCUGUAAGCUUGGACAGGACCGGCCCAUCAAGACAUUCCAAGGACACACAAAUGAAGUAAAUGCAAUCAAAUGGGAUCCAACUGGCAACCUGCUGGCAUCAUGUUCAGACGACAUGACCCUAAAGAUCUGGAGUAUGAAACAAGACACUUGUGUCCAUGACUUACAAGCUCACAGCAAAGAGAUCUACACCAUCAAGUGGAGCCCGACAGGACCCGGCACCAACAACCCCAAUGCCAAUCUAAUGCUCGCCAGUGCGUCGUUUGACUCUACUGUGCGGCUAUGGGACGUGGACCGAGGGAUCUGCAUCCACACGCUAACCAAACACCAGGAGCCCGUCUACAGUGUGGCCUUCAGCCCAGAUGGCAGACACUUGGCCAGCGGCUCCUUCGACAAGUGUGUUCAUAUCUGGAACACACAGACUGGUGCUUUAGUCCAUAGCUAUAGGGGAACAGGGGGAAUCUUUGAAGUUUGCUGGAAUGCAGCAGGAGACAAAGUGGGUGCAAGUGCAUCGGAUGGAUCCGUUUGUGUAUUAGAUCUGCGGAAAUAACGCUGCUUGUUGGAAGCCAUGGACCGACUAUGAAUGUGUACAUAGCCAAAAUGACUGUCCCUGCCCCAUGUCCUGCUACAGUCCCUGUUGAACCAUGGCCAGCCACUACAAAAACAAACAACAAGCACCCUGACCCUGCAGACGAAGAGGAAGAGGAAGAGGGAGCGAUGUGAUUCCAACCAGAGACAUGAAAGGGACUUUUGUGACACAGAUGGAGGACAAAACAUUAAAAAGAAGAAAAAAAGGACCCAUAUAUGUACCAAAAUUUGGAAGAUAUUUUACUAUUCGUUCUUCAAAAACCAAUCUCAUCAAAAUAAAAGAAAGGAUUUUAA